AUGGCCAACCAUCCGUGGAUGCCUCCUUUGGACACCUACCACGAUGAAGACUUCCCCUACCACCAAGGCCGCGAGUUAAUGAUCACUCCCCACGAGGCGCCUGAACCAUUCGAUGGUCCUUCCUACUAUCGCCCUUCUGAUCCCUCCUCGACUUUCGAUGGCGAUGGCGAUGCCGUGAUCAAGCAGCACAAGACCAGAAGCCAAUUGGUCGCCGAGUGUCUUCCCCGUGGUGCCGCAUGGCCAACGGAUGAUGGUACCAAGUCUUCUCAGCACAUCGGCCUGACCAUCGAGAAGACCAUCAAGACCACCAAGGAGAGGGGCUCACAGGUUGUCGUUUGUAAACUUAAUCUGGGCCAGAUGCAUAAAGGCAUCCCAGCUCGCGUUGUUGCCAAGAUCUACGACCCGCUCUACUACCCUUUCCUGGCAUGUGCUCUCCCGUAUGCCAGCGAUGUUGUCAGGCAGGCCGACAUGGAUCUCAGCAGGGAGGCCGCCGUCUACCAGCACUUCAAGACGAUGGGCACGGACGGCCAGUUCGCACCAAAGUACUACGGCGCCUUCACGAUGCCGAUGCGCAGCCAUAUCGCGGGCAAAUAUAGACCUGUGUGCCUUAUUCUCCUCGAGCACAUUGACGGCUCGACGAUGCGCGCAUCAUGCACCGUGCCGUAUAACCGCAUCCCUGCGCUUGUCCCGGGCCCUCAUGCGGGAAACGAUGACCAGCGCAUGCUGGUCAUGAAAGAACUUGUUGAUAUAGAGUCGAAGAUGCGACACACGGGCGUCGUUUACGGUACCAUGAUGCCCGAGAACGUCAUGAUCUCUCGCCCAUCGCCGACCAAGGCCAACGCAGCACUGAAACCCCAUUCCUGUAGUCGUGUGGCGGAUGCGAGGGGCCAGCACGAAACUGCUGUGCUAAAGACAGCGGGAAGGGAUUUGGAAUUCUUCGGAAGAUGUUCAAAGUUCUUCGGAAGAUGUUCAAAUUCUUCGGAAGAUGUUCAAGUUCUUCGGAAGAUAUUCAAUAUUCUUCGGAAGAUGUUCAAUAUUCUUCGGAAGAUAUUCAAUAUUCUUCGGAAGAUGUUCAAAAUUCUCAUGCUGGUUGACCCGCUCCAGCUGCCACGUGAUUGA